GAAAUAUCACAUGAUCCACACACAAAGGUUUUGACAGUCACACAACACCAUGGAGAAACUUCUUAUUUUGGUUGGCAUUGUUGCUGUCAUUAAUGCAGCAUCAGUGUAUGAGUUCAACAAACCUUCAGUGCUGAAGUAUGAACCAAAGUUUAAGAAAAACUAUGGUUAUAAACAGAUGAUAAAAGAUGAGGACUUUGGUGUCAAAACAUAUCCCAGACCUCACGAGUACUUGUCAGCAGAGGAUAUACCGGCUAGCUUUGAUUGGAGAAACAAGGAUGGAAAAAAUUACGCCAGCACAACCAGAAACCAACACAUACCUCAAUAUUGUGGAUCAUGUUGGGGAAUGGGCUCUACCAGUGCAUUGGCUGAUAGAAUCAACAUUAAAAGAAAUGGGGCAUGGCCUUCAGCUUACCUAUCCAUUCAGAAUGUGAUUGACUGUGGAGGGGCAGGAUCCUGUGAGGGCGGGGACGACAGGGGCGUGUACGAAUAUGCACAUAAAUCUGGAAUUCCCGAUGAAACCUGCAAUAACUACCAGGCUAAGGAUCAAGAAUGUAACACAUUUGACCAGUGUGGUACAUGUACCACAUUUGGUAAAUGUAAAAGCCUUAGUACCUACAAUGUUACCAAGGUAGCUGACUAUGGCUCAGUAUCUGGUAGAGAAAAAAUGAUGGCAGAAAUUUAUCAAAAUGGACCAAUCAGCUGUGGAGUUAUGGCAACAGAUGGUCUAGAGGCCUAUGAGGGAGGGAUAUUUGCCGAAUAUCAUUUGUUCUCAGAAAUCAACCACAUUAUAUCUGUGGCGGGUUGGGGUGUUUCUCCUAAUGGCACAGAAUAUUGGAUUGGCAGAAACUCCUGGGGAACUCCAUGGGGUGAGGAUGGAUGGUUUAGGAUUGUGACGAGCAAGUACAUGGAUGGAAAAGGCGACAAAUACAACCUUGCUAUUGAAUCAAGAUGUGCCUAUGGGGAUCCUAUCGUACCUAGUGUUCCACAUCAUUAAAGUGGCUGUGAUACUUCAAAACUAAGACAAAGCUUUCAAUACUCAUUAGUUUCAACUUGAUGUUUAUAUUCAUUGAUUCAUUCAUAUGUCUGCAAAACAAUUUUUAAAUCAUAAAUAUGUUAGUAAAAUUUGAAAUAUUUUUGGUUGUUAAAUUUAGCUCACAAAAAAUCAUCUUGAAGAGCCUGUUGGAAUUUGUUUUAAAGUUCCAUUAAGCAUUUUGUUAAACAUGCUGAUAAUAUGUUAAACAAGCUGAUACAUUUUACAGUGUCAUUGUAAUGUAUAUGAUGGUUGAUACAGCAGUAAUGUCACUUGAACCAUAAAAAAUGUAUAAAGAAAAGGAAAAGAUCCAACUCAAGUACAUUGAUUUAUUUGCAAUAUAUUUGGGAAAAAAAUGAUUCAGUAAUCAACAGAACAUUUCUGGGUUUUUUUUUUUUUCAUAUAAAAUCUUUUUGAUAAAUAGUUUUUGUCAGUUGUAAACAAAUUUUAGUCUAAAGUCAACUAUGCUAUCUGUUUCAUGCUUCACAUGUAUUUUGAUAUUCAAUAUACAACAACCAUUGAUCUAAACUGUAUAUAAUACCUUUAUUGCUUGAGCUUCAGAUGCCUGUGGUUACAUACAUGUGUAGGAUUACAGGAAUGAAAAUGUUUGAUAUUGAAAAAUACUGUCUUACAUAUCAUAAUGACAUUUAUUAUUUGACCUAAACAUUUAGAUGUAUUUGGUAUAUCCUACCACAGGCAUGCAUGCCAAGCUGUUGAUGUUUAUUUUUGCAUUGAUGCUUUUUGCUCAUGUUUCUAACAUGCAGAUUUUAAAAAAGUAAUAUGAGCCGUGCCAUGAGAAAACCAACAUAGUGGCUUUGCGACCAAAGUAAUAUGAGCCGUGCCAUGAGAAAACCAA